AUGACUGUCACUGCGGUGGAAGGAGACGUGCUUUUGGACAUUGACAGCGGUCGCUGGGCUGAUAUCAGAGAUCCGCCCUCGGUUCACUUCACGGUCAUUUUCAACACAUUUGUCAUGAUGACACUCUUCAACGAAAUCAACGCCCGCAUGAUCCACGGCCAGCGAAACAUUUUCCGUGGUAUCUUCUCAAACCCCAUCUUCUGUUGCAUCUGGAUCAGCACCUUUGUCGCUCAGAUCUUGAUCGUACAAGUGGGCGGUGUGGCGUUCUCGACGGCCCCCUUGUCCCUGGAGCUGUGGUUCUGGUGCAUCUUGUUUGGCGCCUCGACGCUCCUGUGGGGCCAGGUCAUCACUAGCAUCCCCACACACUUCCUGCCCAAGAAUGUCUUCUCGUGA